AAAUCUCAAAAUAGCUCCCCGUGGCCCGGAUUUUCAUCCAGCAUAGACCAAUGCAAGUGGAGAGUUGGAACAUUGUGGUAGGGCUUUCUACACUGGAAGGGCACAGGGGGGAGUCUUGCUUCCCCCAGGUCAGUGGUUUGACUGCUACAUCUGGACAUACUUCAGUUUAACAACUAGAGCCAGUCCAACGGAAGGCAUUUCUAGAGUGCAAGGGACUUGCAUUUGGCAGUGGCCAGGCGAUACAGCAAGGUUUGAUUUAGCACAUUGUGCGGAGGGAGGGUCUGAUGAGGCAAGAGGGCAAAAAGAUUGACUAACAGGAAAAACCUAUCGGAUUUCCAACCUGGAAGAUCACUGAAUCUCUUCAGUCAAACUUCUGAUUAUUUUGCUUCUUUGUUGCUUAGGGUGGGGGUGUUCGGUGCAGGUGUUCAUUAGUCUGCUUAUCUGCUGCCCCCUACCUACAUUAUGCUGCACGACGACCUCUUAGUGGAGUGCAAGAUUGAUGAGGGAGAAAUCCCAAGAACUGCUGCUCCAGCACCCCUUCCUACAGAGCCACCUCCCAAAGUUGACGUGCGAGAUCCUCAUGGAAUAAAUCAGCACCUGAAGGUUGAUUUUAAUGAUGUUCUAGCUGAGCCUCCCUCCUUUCACAGUUUUGAUAAGGUCUGGACCUGGAGUGACAUCCUAUUUGAAGCCUCUAAGCUCUGGUGUUACCGUAUCAUUUCUCUGCUCUGUGCUGUCCCUGUAUCCAUAAUAACUGGCUUCCUCUUUGCUAUUCUGGGCUGUCUACACAUCUGGUGUGUCAUCCCUUGUGUCAAGUUGUGUACCAUUAGUAUGCCUCCAAUCCGCACACUUUGGAACAGCAUUCUGGAAAUCAUUGUAGUACCAGUAUGUGUCAGCAUUGGCCGCUGCUGCAGCAGUAUCUACAUGACUGUGUCUAAACAAUGAAAGUCCCAGACAUACUCAAGGCCAGUCCUGUAGUUUUGAUCAAAGAAAUGGAAAUCCAACAACACCCAGUCAUGGAAAGAAAAUAUAUUUCAUUGUAUUAUAUGACCAUCUGAGCUACAUAGUCUAAAGGAAAAGUAUGGCAAACCCAGUUCAUACCACCUUGUGAUUAAGUGACCCUUUACAUUGAGAUCCAAGAUGUGUAUCAUGUGAGUUUUCAUACACACAGAGGUUUGUAUUAUGUGUUUUUAAGAUGAAUAAGUGACUGUAAACUGGCCCAGUGGGAGUCUGUGUGUGACUGCACCUGGCAAUGAACCAGCUUCAAAUCCAAGCCUGCUCCCAGCUUUGAGUUCCUACAACAGCAUGAUGAGCAAAUUGAUAAAGAAGAUGAACAGAUGGACAAAAUGAGCCAUAUACACAUUUAUAAGACUGAAAAAAAAAUCCUUUAACACAAACCAAGCUAGAUAAUCUUCCUUUUAUUUUGCAUGUUAUAUGAUUUCAGAAAAAUGAACUCUUAGUCUCUUUGCUCUAAUUUGAAUUCUAAGAAAUGUCUUUUCAGAAUCACUGGUCCACUCAGUCACCUAGGCCAAUUGGAUUGCCUCCCUGAACAAAUUCUAAAUGACCCAGUGUUCAAAUUAAUUAAAUGUAUUUCUAUAUGAGACCUUUAUCAAUGCUGAUAUAUGGAAUAUAUUUUCCUUCUUUAAAAGGGGAAUACUGCCCAUCUUGUGAUUAAUUGAAUAAAUAAAUAAAUCAACAUGUUUCUUAUCA